UGCCAUUGCCCAACCUCUCGAAAAUGGAAAUGGAAGCAGACGCAGCAGGAGUAGUGUCAAUGGAAGAAGAAGAUAACGAGUUUACCAAACGCGUAAUAUGCCAGCUGACGGACUCAGAAGGUGCGCCUCUCGGAGCGCCGAUUUUCCUACCAGAAAAUGCCGGCCCGAAGGAGCUCCAGCAACUGGUCAAUAAACUACUUAACAACGAGGAAAAAUUGCCAUAUUCAUUUUAUGUAUCAGACCACGAGCUUCUGGUGCAUCUCGGAGCAUAUCUUAAGAAGAAUAAAGUGUCUGUGGAAAAGGUCAUCACAAUAGUUUACCAGCCACAAGCAGUAUUUAGAAUACGUCCAGUGACUCGCUGCUCUUCAACUAUUGCUGGUCACAACGAGGCUGUGCUUUCAGUUUCCUUUAGCCCUGAUGGGCGUCAGUUGGCUAGUGGGUCGGGUGACACAACUGUUCGUUUAUGGGAUUUGAGUACGCAGACACCUUUAUUCACGUGCAAAGGACACAAAAACUGGGUUCUAUGUAUUGCAUGGUCACCGGAUGGUAAACAUCUUGUUAGUGGAAGCAAGACUGGAGAAUUGAUAUGCUGGGAUCCUCAGACUGGGAACGCAUCGGGCAACCCACUUAUGGGGCACAAGAAGUGGAUAACUGGAAUUUCAUGGGAGCCGGUGCAUCUAAGUGCCCCAUGCCGUCGCUUUGUAAGUGCAAGUAAAGAUGGUGACGCAAGGAUAUGGGAUGUAACAUUGAAAAAAUCUGUUAUAUGUCUUACUGGACACACACUAGCCAUAACUUGUGUGAAAUGGGGUGGAGAUGGAGUGAUAUAUACUGGAUCUCAGGAUUGUACAAUUAAAAUGUGGGAAACUACACAAGGGAAGCUAAUACGGGAACUGAAGGGACAUGGGCAUUGGGUAAAUUCGUUGGCUUUGAGUACUGAAUAUGUCCUCCGAACUGGUGCCUUUGAUCACACUGGCAAACAAAAGUAUUCAUCUCCAGAGGAAAUGAAGAAGGUGGCUUUAGAAAGGUACAAUAAGACGAAGGGCGGUGCCCCUGAAAGGUUGGUCUCAGGUUCAGAUGAUUUUACGAUGUUCCUUUGGGAACCCACUGUCAGCAAACAACCCAAAACUCGUAUGACUGGUCAUCAACAGCUUGUGAAUCAUGUUUACUUUUCUCCCGACGGGCUAUGGAUUGCAAGUGCCUCGUUUGACAAAUCAGUAAAAUUAUGGAAUGGAAUUACUGGAAAAUUUGUGGCUGCCUUCCGUGGUCACGUUGGGCCUGUCUACCAAAUAAGUUGGUCAGCAGACAGUAGGCUGCUUCUCAGCGGAAGCAAAGACUCAACAUUAAAGGUUUGGGAUAUCCGGACGCAAAAGUUGAAACAAGAUCUUCCUGGGCAUGAAGAUGAAGUAUUUGCAGUUGACUGGAGUCCAGAUGGUGAGAAGGUAGCAUCUGGGGGCAAGGAUAAAGUCUUGAAGUUGUGGAUGGGCUAGACACUUUCAGUUUAUGGAAGAAUUGGCUCAGAUUAUAGACUGAUAUAAAUAUGUUUUACACAAUUUCGACGGGGUCCAAAAAGAAAAAUAUACUCGUAAAACCAAAGGGAUUGAUUAUAUUCCGUGGAUUCAGGUAAUUACUGCUCUGCUCCGCCAAAUUCCUUUCACUCGAGUUGGUGACAAGUCAUUUAUAGGAGGAUCUGGUGGGUGGUGCUUUUGCUGCAUCUAUGACAGAUUAUACACUCCUUAUUGCAUUUCCCUUUUUCUUUUACUUGUGUAAAGGAAUACCUCUUCUUUGAGUUUUCUUCUUUUUUUGUUUUUUAUAUUUGUUUUCUAUAUUUGGGUAAUGAAACGGAGCAAUCUCGGUGUAAUACAGAACAGUAUACUCAAGAUACAUGUUUAUUUCUAUUGGUUGUGUUAUGCUAAUCAGUCUUCUCUACCA